CCCCGCGCGCCGGAUCCGGAGCGGCCCGCGAGCUCGCACCGGCUUCUCCGCAGCCUCCGCCGCCGCGCCGCCAUCGCCGCGAUGCUGGGCGCCGCUCUCCGCCGUUGCAUCGUCGCCGCCGCCGUCCGGGCGGGUCCCCGAGGCCUGCAGCACUCAGCCCCGGCCCUCAGCCCCGCCGCCGCUAUCCAGUCAGCUCGCUGCUAUUCCCAUGGGUCACAUGAGACAGAUGAGGAGUUCGAUGCUCGCUGGGUGACAUACUUCAACAAGCCAGACAUAGAUGCCUGGGAACUGCGUAAAGGGAUGAACACACUUGUUGGCUAUGAUCUGGUUCCAGAACCCAAAAUCAUUGAUGCUGCUUUGCGGGCAUGCAGACGGUUAAAUGAUUUUGCUAGUGCUGUUCGCAUCCUAGAGGUGGUUAAGGACAAAGCAGGACCUCAUAAGGAAAUCUACCCCUAUGUUAUCCAGGAACUUAGACCAACUUUAGAUGAACUGGGAAUCUCCACGCCUGAAGAACUGGGCCUUGACAAGGUGUAAACCUCCACAGACAGUCUUCCCACAGACUUAUUGGAACUGCUACUUGAUUAUCAACAGUCACCUGGAAAUGCUGAUGAUGACAUAUUACCUUAUUUGAACAAAUUUUCCUUUAUUGAGUAUCAAACCAUGUAAUGGUAACUUGGACUUUAAUAAAAGGAAAAUGAGUUUGAACUGAAA